AUGUCCUUCCUCGACAAGUUCCGCGACGCCGCUCAGAAGGCCGGCAUCCAGGCCAACGCCUUCGCCCAGCAGACCGGUCGUGCCAUCAACGAGCAGGCCGCAACAGCGCGUGCAGGCUUCUCCUUGCCCAAAGAGUGCGACCGCUCGGCCAAGAUCCUCCAGGCUUUCCUCGCCGACCCCAACCACCCGGACUCGGCGCUCAACUCGAUCCCCAAGGCGGUCCUGCAGCAAGCCAAGGGCCUGGCCGUCUUCAGUGUGAUCAAGGCGGGCUUCGUGUGGUCGGGCAAGAUCGGCAGUGGUGUUGUGAUUGCACGUCUGCCCGACGGCAGCUGGUCGGCGCCGAGCUGCAUCGGCACCGGUGCGGUGGGCUUCGGUCUGCAGAUCGGCGCCGAUCUCACCGAGUUUGUCAUUGUCAUGAACAGCGAAGAGGCGGUCAAGGCAUUCGCACACGCCGGCAACCUCACCAUCGGAGGCAGUCUCUCGGCUGCCGCCGGGCCCAUCGGCACGGGCGGCGCGAUCAACGCUGCGAUCCGCGACCCGGCUCCGCUCUUCACCUACUCGAGAUCCAAGGGUCUGUUUGCCGGCAUCUCUCUCGAGGGCACCGUGCUCGUCGAGCGCAAGGAGACCAACAAGGACUUUUACGGCCAGCCCAUCCCGGCGGUCGACCUGCUCACGGGCAAGGUGCCCGCACCCGAGGCGGCGAGCGCCAUGUACGAGGUGGUCGAGGCCGCCGAGAUGGUCGACGAGUCGGGCAUCCCGCAGCAGGCGUACGUGCCCACUGCCGACCCGGCACACCAUGUGCCCGUCGCAGGCUACGAUCUCUCGGACAACGCCUCGGCCACCACCGCAUCCACAGCAGUCGAGCCCACAGCCGCCGCACCCGCCGCAAACAAACCCAUCUUUGACGCUGACGCGAGCGAAAAGCGAACCAACUGA